UCUUAGAUCAAGAACGAAUUUUCGUUAUCGAAUAUUGAAUGGCAGGAUUGGAUACUGUACAUCAGCGACUGUUGGACGAAUGGAGAAAAGAAUCGAAACGAGAUCUUUCGCAACUGGAAAUAGUGCUGAAGAGUGCCAAAAUGGAAGUUGAAUGCAGGAAGCUCGUGAUAGAGUGGAAUAAGAAACCGAGAAAUCUUGAAGCAGUUGGAGUCAAACUGAAACGGAUCAAGGGAUUGAUGAAUAAUAGAAACGCUUUGCGUGGUCUCAGCCAUCAAGCGUUACUUAUGAUUCAUCGAGAUGUUUUCGAGAUAGAUGCUUUGUGUGCGAUCCUCCGGUCUGAUCUGAACUCAUUCCGUGAAGCUAUAGCUGUUCUCGUCAAUUUCUACAAUUCAUAUGGCUCGAGCGAAGAAUGGCCAAAUAAAUGGUUAAUGAUCGGCUUAGAUCUUAUGUUCCUUUUGGCUACCAAUCAACACGCUCAAUUCCACAUGUUACUGGAACAGGUCGAUCGAGAUAUCCAGCAGAAGAAUCCGUAUAUUAAGAUACCCAUAAAACUGGAACAAUCGCUUAUUGAAGGUGCUUAUCAUAAGAUAAUGCUAACGGAAAAGGAUAUUCCCAGCCCUUACUACGCAUUAUUCAUACGUAUAUCAAUGGGUACAGUACGGGAUGAAAUAGCUUUAUGUAUGGAGCGUGCAUUUAUAAAAAUAUCGCAACGAGAUGCCGCACGACUACUUCUGUUUAGUGAUGUCAACGAAAUGGUAUCUUUCGCGGAAAAGCGUGGUUGGGAAACCAGUACGUGUGAUCUCAAUGUCACGUAUGUAUUUGAUCACGUACAGCAAGCCCCCGUCGAGCUACGGGUAGAUACUAAAAGGAUUGCUAAACAAGCCAUUUUUUACUCGAAGCAACUCGAAAUGAUCAUAUGACGACGGCAGUCCAUCAGAUUUUUUAUCCAUUUAUUUCCGUACCGAAGGAAUUCUCCGACUUCACCGGCUCUUUUUACGUAUCGCUUAUUUUGUGUGCAUUUUUAUGAACUGUUCAAAAGUUCCUCGAAAUUUGAAUCAGUUAGAGCCUCAUUCUGUUUGGAAAGGAAAAGGAAAAGAUGCCCAGAAUAAAGCAGAAGUGUUAAUAUAAACAGUUAAGAGCAUACACAAUUAUGAAGAUUUGCACAAACUGAUUACAGGACUUCACACAAUGGAUAGACUUCAACACAUAAAAUAGCUUAAAUUAUAUAAGCGUUUAUAAAACUGUUAUUAGCUCUUGAAAUACCGCAAAUACCGACCAGAUCUGAGUAUAACUUUCUAUUUUCCGAUAACUGCCCCAGGAAGCAAAGUAUCAAGUAUUAGAUACAAUGCAAAAGUAUAUAAAAAGAUAGAGGUGCAACAGUACUGUUUACAAAUGCAGUUGAAAGUCAUAAUUUUGGAAAUUUGCUAUAUAAACAACGACAAACAAAUAAAAUAAUGAAAUACAAUUGUAAAUCUUGCACAAACUUAUUCUAAAAGAUUUUUAUAUCAAUCUUUGUAUUGCAAGUACGGUUAGUAAUAAAAUGAUAUAACGAUAUGAAGAUGGCAAAAUAUCCUACUUACAUUUGAUUAGCAGGUUU